CUCUAUUACUGAAAGAUCACAUUCCAUCUGUACAGCGGAUUUACUAAAAAAAAAAUUUCAUCAGAAAAUGCAUAAUCCCAAUGGAUAUGCAUCCGAUCGCGUGGUCGUCCUGGAGCAAAGUAACUACCUGCUCAGUUGCAUGACAAUUCUACGGAACUCGGAGACAACUUCUAGUGCUUUCUAUGAGGCUUUUGAGAAUGUUGCGAAUCAAAUCAUUGCCGUUGCGCUCAACUUAAUCCCAACUGAGCCAUUUACAGUCUAUACCCCCACAAGGCUACCCUACAAUGGAAGACGUCAGGUCAAAUCAAUCUGUGGCGUGAGCAUUCUACGUGCGGGAGCAAGUUUUGAGAAUGUGCUGCGAAAGUCUUAUAGACAUAAUCUGAGCAUGGGCACCAUCUUGAUCCAACGCGACGAGGAAACAUGCCUACCAGUUUAUAUCUACUCGAAACUUCCGAAAGAUAUUGCCUCAAAAAGCAUUUUGAUCCUCGAGCCUAUGCUUGCGACAGGUGGCUCGGCAUCAAAAGCCAUCGAGGUGUUGAAAGGGAUGGACGUGCCGGAGGAGGAAAUUAUCUUUGUCAACUUGGUGGCUUCUCGUAAAGGGCUCGACACGAUUGUGCAGCGAUUUCCACAGCUGAGAUUGGUGACGGCUGCGGUGGAUGAAGACCUCACUGCGUCCAAUCAUAUUGCACCGGGACUUGGCGAUUUUGGAGAUCGCUUUUACGGUUCUCUGUAGAAUAGGUC